AUGGUAGACGGCGUCGCUUCUGAGCUACCUGGCCCCGGCCGGCUAGCUUUUACCAUGUUCGCUCUGUUCAUGGACAUGUUCACGUCCAACCUCGACUCAAUAAUCCUGGCGAACGCCAAUCCUUAUAUCACGAAUGAAUAUCACAGUAUCGACGACAUUGGUUGGUAUGGCUCGGUCAGGUUCUUGACACUUGCGGCCUUGCAGACAACCUGGGGCAAGGUGUUCAAGUACUUCCCCCUGAAAUCAUCAUAUCGUCUGUCUCUAAUUAUUGUUGAAGUUGUAAGUCUUAUCUGUGCCAUUGCCCCGAACAGUGGUACUUUAAUUGUUGGCCGUGCAAUUGCUGGCAUCGGGGGUGCAGGUCUCUGUACGGGUACCUUUGUUAUCAUUGGGUAUACUGUCGCUCAAGAGCAUCAACCUGCAUUCAAGGGUGUUAUGGGAGCAACCUAA